AUGUCAGGGGGUUUCACCCUGGUUGCUUUUAAGUCGAGGGAAGAUCAUAGGAAGCAAAUCGAAUUAGAGGAAGCUCGUAAAGCCGGGCUUGCUCCAGCUGAGGUUGAUGAGGAUGGAAAGGAAAUCAAUCCUCACAUACCUCAGUAUAUGUCCUCUGCUCCAUGGUAUCUCAACUCUGAAAAACCGAGUUUGAAGCAUCAAAGGAAAUGGAAGAGUGAUCCCAAUUACACCAAGUCAUGGUAUGACAGAGGUGCAAAGACCUUUCAAGCCGAAAAAUUCCGCAAGGGGGCAUGUCAAAACUGUGGUGCAAUGUCGCAUAGUGCUAAAGCGUGUAUGGAUAGACCUCGCAAGAUGGACUUUGCAAAGGUUGAAAAGCGUGUUCGAACAACUGGUGGUGGUAGCACAGGAACUGUAAGGAAUCUGCGUAUCAGAGAAGACACGGCAAAAUACCUGUUGAACCUUGAUGUCAAUUCGGCUCACUAUGACCCUAAAACUCGUUCCAUGCGUGAAGACCCGCUUCCAGAUGCAGAUCCGAAUGAUAAAUUUUAUUUGGGAGAUAAUCAAUAUAGAAACAGUGGUCAAGCUCUAGAGUUCAAACAGCUGAACAUGCACUCAUGGGAAGCAUUUGACAAGGGACAGGACAUGCAUAUGCAAGCUGCUCCAUCCCAAGCUGAGUUGCUCUACAAGAACUUCAAGGUUGCAAAGGACAAACUGAAGUCUCAGACAAAGGACACAAUCAUGGAGAAGUACGGAAAUGCUUCUACAGUAGAUGAAAUUCCAAUGGAGCUUUUGCUUGGGCAAAGCGAAAGACAAGUUGAGUAUGACCGAGCCGGGAGGAUUAUCAAGGGACAGGAGGUUAUACUGCCAAAGAGCAAAUACGAAGAAGAUGUUUAUGCUAACAACCACACUAGUGUUUGGGGCUCAUGGUGGAAAGACCAUCAAUGGGGAUAUAAGUGUUGCCAGCAGACCAUUCGCAACAGUUACUGCACAGGAUCUGCUGGAAUUGAGGCUGCAGAGGCUUCCCUUGAUUUGAUGAAGGCUAAUAUUGCUCGCAAAGAAGCCUCUGAAGAUAUCCCAAAGAAAGUUGAAGAGAAGAGAAUGGCCGCAUGGGGAACCGAUAUUCCUGAAGAUUUGGAAUUGAACGAGGAGGCACUUACUAAUGCUCUUAAAAAGGAGGAUGAGCGUAAGAGGGAAGAAAAAGAUGAGAGGAAACGAAAGUACAACGUCAAAUACACCAACGAUGUUACUCCGGAAGAGAUGGAAGCGUACAGAAUGAAGAGAGUUCACCACGAGGACCCAAUGAAAGAUUUCCUCUGA